AUGCCAGAUGCCUUGCCCACUAUACCUCCCUCCACCAUAGCUCAACUCACAUUACGGUCGUACGCGGCUUUACCCAAAAACCUCAAGCCCACGGUCCGUUCUAACGGUAUACCCGAAUGGACCAUCCUCGCGUCUAUCGUCCUCUCCCUUCCUAUCCUCCCGGUUCCUGCCGCCGUCUCUACGCUUACGCCUCAACAUGACCUCCGCCUGAUCUCGCUCGGAUCAGGCGUCAAAUGCCUCCCGACGAACAGACUCCCGCCGUGUGGCGAUACCUUACAUGACUCGCAUGCCGAGGUAUUGGCCAAAAGGGGGUUGGGGCGAUAUCUCGCCGAAGAGGCUAUUGCGCUAAGUAAAGGCGGAGGCAGCGAAGUAUUAGAGGCUGUAGAAGAGCAUCGGGAAAAUGCGUUCCGGUUCAGGAUGCGCAAGGGGGUAGGGGUGCACCUAUACGUCUCGGCUUUACCUUGCGGAAACGCCUCUACGCUAUACACAGCCGCUCACCAGCCCAAAGCCAUGGCUGUGUUGAAAGAAUCUACUUCAUCUUCCCGUCCUCCAGCCGAGAUCGAGGGCCCGCCAGCAAGCGCAACAUCUCGCGGUCGAAACGGCUACACCAACACCUCCUCCCUCCGAACCAAACCCGGCCGUCCCGAUUCUUUCCCUUCAAUCAGCAUGUCCUGCUCUGACAAGAUCGCAAGCUGGAACGUCCUGGGUCUGCAGGGCGGGCUGUUAGGCAGAUGGAUCGAGCCGGUAUAUCUCGACAGUGUGGUCAUUGGGGGCGUGGGGGAUGCUCCGGCCGGACAGGGAGAAUUUGAAGGAGGGGAUGUGGUAGGCUGGAAGAGCGCGGAUGGGGAAACCUGGGAGGAGGCUAUCAAGGCUGAGGUCGAAGAGGCUUUGUAUGGCCGCUUGGAGACCCUAGAACCCCACUUGCACGCGCCGUUCCGUCUCGCCCGACCUGCAAUCCACCUCACUCCCCUCCUGUUCCCAUUCGACAAGCCCACCAUCUCCUCCCUCCAUCCCGGAUCCGAGCCCUCCCCCCAGCCCACUUCUGUCCUACACUACCUCUCCCCACAGGGAUACACCACCGAACACCUCUUCAACGGGUGUGAUCGGCGCGUAUCGUGGAAGCCGCCGGGUCUGGUCCCGAUUGAAGAAAGGCGGCGGAGUGGGGUGUGUAAGUUGGAGAUGAUGCGCGCCGGGGCCAGAUUGGAAGACUGCAUGUCUGGCGGAACAACGGUGGAGGUAGACGGAGAGAGGAGGAAGGCGAGGGGGUCGUACUAUGAUAAAAAGCAGGGGACAGCAUACCAGUCGGUCAAGGCGCUCUUGAGGGGAGUGGCAGGGCCGCCGAGGUUGAUACCCGGCUUUGAAAAGUGCGGACCAUUGUCAUCAACUGAGGCUCCGCAGCUCGAGGAGAUAGGAGGCGAAGUCAAACCGCCUUUUACGGGCUGGAUCGUGAGCGGUGCCAAGUGGGAGUCGUUCGACGAGGAAGGUGAAAUAAAAACAUAG